CGGCAUGACGAAACUAUCCAGAGUGCUUAUACACGACGAAUUUUUGUGGUUGUGCGUAACUUGUUUUUCAAAGUAAAAUAUUGAUCGAAAUUUAUUUCCUAUAAUUUAGGUAUGUAUGGGACUAAUUAUCAUAUGUACAGUUUGACACAGAAAUAUCGCUAUCGACCUGGAAAGUUCUUCAUUAAAAAUGUCAGACAAUGCUCGAAUUGGGGACGAAAAAUAUUUUUUCACGAUAUGAUCGUAUAAAACCUCGGAAUCAGUCAUUAAGAAGUCGUUCGAGGUACUAGUUUCUUGACACUGACGAUCACCAGACGUUGUUUACGCCAGAGUCUAGUGACUAGACUAAAAACACACCUUGUUGAGUGGUGCGCAAGUCGAAUGUUUCAUCCGAAAGAACAAAAAACGUGAGGAUUUUCCGAUAGUGGCGAUGCUUUCAUUUUACACGUUCAUCGUGUUCUCAGUAACCGAGCGUAUUAUAAACGUCUGUUACUUCCGAAAGAUCAUUAGCCACUCGUAUCGGUCGAGGACCGUCUAAAAGAAUUUCCGCGAUCUUUGCCUAAUUGAUUCGAAGCUUCACGUUCGUCCAGCGAAAAAGGAAGAAAAGAAAUCAUUUAGGAAAAAGGAACAAGUUGUUAUCGUAGUGUGGAACACUGAUCGCCGAAACACGAUGAAGGAAUCUCAAAGCAUAAUUUCUGUAUUCAAUGUUGCAAUCGGUUUGUUACUGGUCUUCAACAACGUCCACAGUGAUUCUCAAUGGCAAAAUGAAACAAUACCUUCUUGUAAAGGACAAACUUUCUGCGAGAAUGUUGCGAAUUAUCCCUUUGAUGCGGUGAAGAAAAUAAUUAGCAAACAUUCACUUCUUAAAAAUUAUAGUAAUCUCGAUAUGGUAGAACCACUUAAACCCACUCUACCGAUGCACUCAGAAUAUGGAACGAAACUCUGUCAGUCAAUCGAGAAAAUUAUCUUUCCAAAAACGGCGGAAAAUAUGAAUAACGAGUGGUCGUACGUCCUUAACACUGAUGAUGUGGUACAGGGAGUACACAUAGAGAAAUGCGUCAACGAAGGCAAACGUUGUAGCUCGAUAAAUGGGCUCGCAAGAGGUUAUAUAACCGUAUGUAAACAAAGGUACGUUCAUAAUCAACUCCUAGGACUUCAGAAGGGUGGCUCGUAUACCUAUCAGCAAUUCCGAUUUCCAUCCAAUUGCUACUGUUACAUUGAAUACGUCGGCCCUGACAUACGGCUCGUCGAAGUAGCAGACUUCCAAAACAAAUCAAGCGAUAUCAAUUGACCUUAUUGAAUUCAUCUAAAAUGGAUGUCUAUAUUAUAUAGAAGAAUGGAGUACUUAAGAGGAAAUUCCAUUACUCUGUGAUUUUUCUUUUUUCAUAACAUUGUUAUUGAUUAUCUAUACGCGAAAUAGCCGCUAUGUCAGAUAUAAAAUUGUGCGUAUAAAGCUUCAUAAAAGGAUAAAGAGAAGUGUUUAUUGCUGUAAGAAAUUUUUGCAGGGCGAUAUUAGGUAAUAAAUAACUGAACAAUUAUAUUUUAAUCUUUUUUAUCUUUGUUAAUAUAGAUGAAUUUUUAAAGGAACGAAUUAUGUUCUUUUAUGUUUUUAUCCUAUUGUUUCGUGUUUAAUGUUUAUCGUUUAAUGAUCAGACAUUUAUUAUAUUUCAUUUAUGCAUGUAAGUACUCUUUAAGUAUUCUUCGAAUAAGAAAAGUGACAAAGUAUAUAGAUAUAAAUAUAUGAAAUUUGAAUAUCACGACAGGACGAAGUAAUAAAGUGUUACAUAUGUAAAGUACAGUGAAAUAAAUAAAAGCAAUAACUCUG